AGUAACUUAAAGACAUCAGCUAAUAACGGAACUGUUUCUAAAAGACUUCUUAGCAACUACAUAAUAUAUUGUGAACAUUCAUUUUGUAGGGAAAUUUAUUUCGGCAUUGGCGAAACUGUUCCUGUAAGAGCAGCCAUUGUGAACAAGUAUUCUGCUCAAACGACAAAACAGUUUUAAAAACCAAAAUAUUGAAGAUGGAAGAAGGUACCAAAAAUAGAUGGAAAGCAGGGUUUGUUCGUCUGAUGUUUUUAAUCCACUCUUUCCUGGCAUACUGGCGCGUGGCGUCCGUCUAUGGAUCGAUUGGGUUUUUUCUACUCUUCCUUCUCCUGCUGCAAGUGGCCGAGGGGAUCUACACCGUCGUCAGACAAAAAGGAGAGGAAUACAAGUGGUUCUCUCAAUGCUUCUUCUUCUACAUAGCGAGUACGGUUCCUGCAAUCUGGAUGUUGGAGAUAGACAGAAUCGAUCGUUGCACCGAGAUUUACCAAAGAGAAAAUGGAACACAACUUGAAGAAUUGCUAAUAGCUAUAAAAGGGGUGACCUUACCGUUUACUCUUGCACCUGACGUCUGGGUCUCCAUCGUUGAACAAGGAAUGCUGUUUCUGGUGAUCUUAGGAAGGUUAAUACUGCCAAGAGGUGAACUGUCUCGUAAUGACAUCGUACAACUUGUGUUCGUCUACCUCAGCAUGGCAUCGGACAAUUCGGGUCUGUUCGUUCUCUUCGACGAGUCUCCCGUCAGGAAGGAUAGAGAGUUGACAUUCGCUAUCCUUGGCAUCUGGACUUUUAGCAUGCUGCUUUAUACAAUAGGACUCGCGGUCACCGAAACGCCUGGCUAUAGAUUUCGUGCUUUGCUGGGUGUGUUCUUUCUGCAGGAUCUUCCGUAUUUGAUCGUAAGAUUGGUUGUUUUAGCAAAGUACGCGUUGGCCAGUUACGUAGUUCUUCUUCCUAUUCAAGAAUAUCUUUGUCACAAUCCUGUUAUUUUACAAACUCUACGCUUGGUGUGUCGAAGAUACAUUAUAAUGCAACUGGCACUUAUGUACGCUGUCAUGGGCUUUACCACGAUGACAGAAUUCCGACAACGCGUUUGAUAUGCCGUCAUUUAGCCUCCUCUGUGGUGUUUUCGUUAAUAUAUUAUUAAUAAUUCCGUGUCUUCCAUUAUAUUGAAACUGCGAUAUAAAUAAUUUAAAAAAAGAAACUUCAAAUGAAAAUGAUGUCAUUGUCAUUAUUCUAUUAUUAUUUCGUACCAUUGUAAUGUUUAACCCAGUAACCGUUUUGCAAAACCUUUAUCUCUAGAACAGCUCUUUACCAUGUUAUUGCGUUUUACUCAUUUAAACGUGAAUUAAAGUCAGAAAAUCAUCUUUGUAAGUGGUUUCAAAAGAAUGCAAAUGUAAUAUGUAAAUUUAGAACAUGUAAUGUGAAACUUCUGAUCAAAACUCGAAAAUGGUAUAAUAUACUUAGAAAAAAAACACCCGAAUAUGUCACAGAUGUACUCUUAACGAAAUUGGAGACGAAUUUCAUUAUAUAUUUAAAUGUAAUGAUCCGUUAUUAUUAAAUGUCAUAAAAAGCAUACCCGAGAAAUAUAGAAAACAUCUUCAUAUAAUUCAUAUCAUGAACUGUUUAACAGUAGGCUACCAAUUUUUAUGUUAUAAAGACAUUGUGUCUGUUAAUAAGAACAAUAUGUGAAAGUAUGUACUCGUAAAACGUUCACGCAUGUGCAGUUUUUAUUUAUGCGUGCGUGUGUGUGUUUCAUUCUUUUCUUACACACCCGUUGGUGAGAACACCAUGCGUUUUUUACGUGUGUUAACAACUUUAAGACAUACGACUGGCUGCUCCUAGGUGAUGAUGACCAGGUCACCAAUGGCAUACGCCCAAUAAAACAACCGCACGAUGGAAAUUGAUUAAACUGACGUAUAGUUAACCUGGCAAUCGUGUGUCUGGUGAAGCGUAAGUCAGCUACAAGUGCAACGGCUGUAAAUAACUUUCAGUCCAAAAAGAUGUUAAA